GGAAUAUUUAUUGUGGGGUUAGGGUGGGGUGCAGAGGAGGACUUCACAAAGGCAAGGAUUGUUGGAGAUACCCGUGCAACUGUGCCUCUGGGUGUCCCGGGGAACAACGGGAGGAGACAGGUCCAAACCGAGUUCCCAUCUUAAGAGAAUCCUCUUAGGAUCCACAUCUUGCAGCUAGCGUGAGCCUAGGAUUUGUGCAGAAUGGCUAGAGAGUGGGGAGCGAGCGCAGCCCUAAACGCUCAAUCUGCAGAAGAGGGCACUGGGCUUCUGGUGGUGAAGGUAGAACAGGAAGAGGCCUCUCCCUUGGCCGAGGAGGCCAGUUGGCUGGGCAGCCCUGGGCCCGACCGCUCCCGACAGCGCUUUCGCGCCUUCCGCUACCCCGAGGUAGCCGGACCCCGGCAGGCGCUGAGCCGGCUCCGAGAACUCUGCAGACAGUGGCUGCAGCCAGAUAUGCACAGCAAGGAGCAGAUCCUGGAGCUGCUAGUGCUGGAGCAGUUCCUGACCAUCCUGCCAGGGGAGCUGCAGGCCUGGGUGCGCGAGCAGCACCCCGACAGCGGGGAGGAGGUGGUGGCGCUGCUGGAGUACUUGGAGAGGCAGCUGGAUGAGACACCUCCACAGGUAGAAGGAACAGGUUUAGGGUCUGAGACCUAUGCCCUGUGCCUUCCAGAAACCUCAAGACAGAUCCAAGGGAGGAAUUGCUUAGAACCCGCGAAGUCUCAGUCUGAACUGGGAACCUGAGGCAACCAGCGAAGUGACCUGGACCCCUCAGAAUAGUUAAAAGCACAAAGGAAGUUAAAAGCACUGGAUAGGAAGCAUCUCUGGCUAAGGUUUAGGGCAGCACUAAUCUACAUUUUGACCUGCUUUUAGGAGAUUUUCUCUCUGCAACCUCCAGCGUCUUUGUGUCAAAGGAUACAUGAUUAGAACCUUCUAACUAGUGACCAGGAGGCCAAGGUUCUGGACCUGGAGUUGCUGUCCUGUGCUCUCUAACAGUGGGAAGUCAGUUCAAGUCUUAGAACUUUAUUCUCUGUAAAAGAUGUAGGAAAUUCUGAGCAUCCUUUUACUAUCCAUGUUUGCAAGGAAAUUAAACUUUAAUGAGGAUGUACCACCUAUUAUACUUUGUCGUAGUUGGUUUCACAUAAUGCAGUCAAAUUUGUUAGUUUCUUAAGAACCCUGUUGAGUGGAAAUUACUAUGUUUAUUUCUCAGACAAGAUGUUGAUAAUUUUCCCAUCAUGCGCAUAAUGGUAGAAAGACAGAGCAAGGGAGCAAAAUAAUGGUUACCCCAUAGGCUCUGCAGAUGGUCUGCCUGAGCUCCCACUGUAGCAUUGCUACCUAGGCGCUGAAUGACAUUAACAAGCUGCUUCAACUGGGCCUCAGUUUCCAGUUACAGAAUUCCAAACAAUUCCAUAUUUCAGGGAGGUCCCUUCAGGUGUCAUACAGGGAAGCGAAUGACAAGAAGAGAUAAGAAUGAAAACCCAGUGCAGAUUGAUUUCAUCAACCUGGUUCAGACUUUGGGGCGUUUGACAACAGGCUGUUUAUUUCCAAUGUAUUUAAGCCCAGGAUAGUUUGGAAAAAGUUUCUUGGUGUAAUACAAUCCCCAUUGUACAAGGAAGUGUAAUUACACUGAAACUUAACUCAGGGUACAUGCCAAUUCUUUCAAGAAGAUGGGUUCUAGAGAUAGCCUAGUGUUCUCACUUAAGGGCCUAAGAGUCUGCCCUGGUCUCAGUAAUACAGAUAGCAUAGAGAUCAUUUGGGAUAUUAGUCAUUGUGGGAGUUUGGGGGAGCUUCUGGCUAUAAGGGUCAUUUAGAUUAGUAGCCACCUCUGGUCUUUGUUGUAAGAGUUUGAUAUGGUCUGACCCAGCAGAUAACACAGAUCAUCAGGCAGUUAAUCAUUUCCAACUCAGAGAUUUCUGGAUGGAAAAACGGGCUUUUCAUCUUUCCCACUGGAAAGACAAUCCUGUAUGUUUAACAUUCUUGGUUUCUCUGGAAAUCUGUGGGGGCAAGGAUCUUCAUGCUAUGUUCCCAUAAUUUCAUAUGGCUAUCUGUAUUUCAUUAAGCUCUUAGAAUAUUAUUAUUCAUUAAUAUUCAUGAAGCUCUUAGAAUCAGUUCCUGCUAAUAGAAAGUCCUCACACAAAGUGUGAUGGGAAAGUUUGAUUGAAUAAAUAAAAGUAAAUGAAUGACUUUUAGGUCCCUACUGGUGAAUGGAGUCAAGAACUUCUCUGCUGCAAGGUGGCAUCAUUGAUGCCAUCCCAGAACUCACAAAGUAGCCACUCCCAACCAAUGAAG